CUGUCCCAUUUCACUACCAUCCCAUUGACUUUGUGGGAGGGUUCGCUUGCUCCUAUCUCCUGCACGUUUGACGCAAGGUGCCCGUUUCUUGAAUGACAACUCUUUGUAGGAACGUAUCCCGACUUGUCGCGAGACAUUCAUUCCUAACACAAAGCCUCAGAGGAAUGAGCUCUAUCCGGGAAGUUCAGAUACCAGUGCCAUGGGGGCACAUUGCAGGCCGCGAGAGCGGGCCGACCGACGGCCGGCCGCUGCUGAUGCUGCACGGCUGGCUCGACAACUGCGGCACCUUCGACGCCGUGCAGCAGCACCUGCCGCAGACCUACCGCUGCGUCAACAUUGACCUGCCCGGUCACGGCCUCUCCAGCCACAUGCCGGUCGGCUCCACCUACAGCCUGAUGCAGGGCGUGCUGUUUAUCCGGCUAGUGCGCGACCACUUCGGCUGGCAGCGCUUUUCGCUGAUGGGCCACAGCAUGGGCUCCGGCAUGUCCAUGCUGUACGCGGCUACCUUCCCCGAGGACGUGGAAUCGCUUACCGUGCUCGACCUGGUCAAGUUCUUGACGCGCCCAGUCGACCAGCACCCGAGCAUUACUCGCGACGCCGUGCUCGCGUUCGGCGAGACGGAGCGCAAGUUGUCGGCCGGCUCGCGGCCGCAGUACGGCUACGACGAACUGCGCCGCCGGCUCGUCGAAGCCGUCAGUGACCUGGACGACGCGGCGGCCGACGCGCUGCUGGUGCGCGGCGCGCGCCGCGACCCCGAAACCGGCCUCUACGAGUACACGUACGACCUGCGCCACCGGCAGCGGCCGUUGCAGCCAAUGGAUAUGGUCCAGUGGGGGGCGUACGCGCGCCGCCUGCGCUGCCGUCUGCUGCUGGUGCUCGCCGAGUCGGGCGGCACGUGGAUCGGGCCUGAAGAGGAGGCGGCCGCGCUGGACAUCUACCGAGGCGCCGUGCCCGAACUGCACGUGCUCCGUGCGCCCGGCGGACACCACGUGCACCUCACGCACCCGGAGAACGUUUUGCCGCACAUCAACGGCUUCCUGCGCGGAGAGCCGACCGCCGCGGGGUCGGAGACGGCGACGGCCGACGCCGAGUCGUCCGCGUUACGGAGCGGUUUAUAGGCGCCUCGGACGGCCAGCGAGUUUAGCGGAAUUGGGAGCCGGUGGCUGCCAGCCCUCCUUUCGCACGUCGGGCCGGCCGCCGCCGGACGCGCAGGGGGUGGGGGCCGGGCUCGCGUGGGCCUGGCGCACCAGCAAUGCAAUUGUACGGGUGUUGUUCGCUAGUGGGGCAGAUGUGUUUGAUGUCGUUAACUAUCGCUACGCCCCGCCAGGUGUGAAGUCUGCCUUGGGUGCCUACUCGGGUGCAUUGCAAACAAUAGCACGCUCAUAACUCCCUGGCGGCUAAAUCUAGCUCUUUGCAAAGCGCCAGGGACCUGCCACUGUCCACCUGCACGGCGGCCGUAGCAUUCUUAUAUUUUAAAUAUCCACUUCGAAUGAUAGCGGAAAAGGUGUAGGAAUUAAAGGAACGCAGUAGCGGAUGCCCGGAACUGUGUAGCUGCAUCUUACUGGCGUGACCUCAGGCCGUAUUCUAUGCAUGGUAAUCGUGAACGCUUACUGCGCACAGGUUGGCGACUCAGUAAAUGUGAAGCGCACUGCACUGAUCAGGAGACGCAGUACACCACCUGGCAUACGCCGCCUCACGGUGUUUUACGUCCGCGUCGUAAGGAAUCAGUGCUGAUUCCAGGCGGCCUCUGGCAGUCAUAUAGGUCGUCUGUAUACCAGGCAUCUGGUCUAGAGCCCGCCUGUGCACCAGGCAACUGGUGUAGGGGCCGCGUGGCGACAGGCCUGCAUACCCGCCUGGGUCCCCAAAUGACGCGCCACAUCAGGCACACCGGAAAUUAAGUCGGCACAUUGUCGGACACGAGACCUCCAUUGGAGAACGGUGGCGCUCUGUUCGCACUGCACGCAUGUAUUAACGGUAGUAGCUCGGAAUGCGAUAGACGCUAAUCGUUAUUCGCCCUUUGCGGGUUGUGCGUGAAGCUUAUCGAAGUAUGGUAAUUGAGAAGAGUAGUUAACGAUGACCGUGAUGUGAUAGUGAAUUCGUGAUGUUGCCUUCCCCACAAGGCGAUGGAAUUAACAAAGUACGACCGUGAACGUC